AUGGCUCAGAUUGGUGUCAUGGGUCCAGGUGACAUCAGCAGAGAUGUGGGUGCCCUGAAGAUGGCUCAGUGCUCUAUGAAGGGUGAUGGUGAUGGUGAUGGCAUCCUCCGUGGACCAAUUUGCUCUGUAAACAAACUGGUGGGGUUCAGGGGAGCCGCCAAGGUCAUGAUCGACUGGCCCAAUGUGACGGCGUCCGGCAACCAGGAGCUGGGCCUGAAACCCGAGGAGCUGCAGAAGUCCAAAUGUGUCCUGGGUUUCAUUCCCGUCAUCUACUACAGCAUUCUGCUCUCCAUCGGAGUACCAGUAAACAUCCUCACAGCAGUGGCCUUGUGCAGACUGGCGUCCCGCACUAAGAAGGCUCUGUACUACUACCUCUUGGCAGUGACAGCCUCAGAUAUUCUCUCCCAGCUCUUCAUCAUCUUCGUCGGCUUCCUGCUGGAGACGGCAGUUUUUCACCGGGAUGUCCCCGCUCUCCUGCUGCACUCUGUCAGCGUCGCCGAGUUUGCAGCCAACCACGCUUCCAUAUGGUCCACCGUACCGCUCACUGUGGACCGCUACGUGGCGCUGUGCCACCCCCUCCUCCACCGGCAGAUCAGCUACCCGGCACGAGCCAGGAAGAUUAUCGGGGUGGUCCUGGCAACAUCGAUCGUAUCGGGCGUGCCUUUCUUCUGGUGGUCAGACAUGUGGAGGAACAGCCAUCCGCCCACAGCGCUGGACACCGUCCUCAUAUGGACACAUGUGACUAUCAUCUACUUCCUGCCGUGCAGCAUCUUCUUAGUGCUGAACUCUCUGAUAAUCCACACACUGAGGGUGAGGCAGAGAGAGCAGCGCUGUCAGGAGGAGCAGGGGACCAAGUCGGCGCCACUGCAAAGACUCGGGAAAACCACGGCCAUGCUGCUGGCCAUCACCUCAGUGUUCUCAAUCCUGUGGGCGCCCAGAACCAUCGUGGUCAUCUACCACCUGUACGUGUCCACUGUUCAUCGAGACUGGCGCAUCCACCUGGCCUAUGACCUCUCCAACAUGCUGGCCAUGCUCAACACCGCAGUCAACUUCUUCCUCUACUGCUUCGUCAGUAAGCCUUUCCGCAGCGCCGUGCGGGAUGUCAUACUGCUCAGGGGGUCGCCGCUCUACUCUCGCCGCGCUCUGCCCCAGCAGCAGGUCCCCACCAACGCCUCCAUUUCCUCUCUGUACAGUGGGAACAGCAAGCGGUUUCAGCGGGACUUCACCCCCUUGUCACCUCAUGGGGCCAGAAAGCCCUCAUGACCCUGUGACUUGUCCUCUUAAUCCAAAACACCCAUCAUCCCACGGUCCCGGUGCACUCCUCACCCCAGGGACACGUACUGUGUUCCAGCUACGACUGUGGGCAGCGACCGGUCGGCCCUGGGGCGCUCUCAGAGGGCCUGAUAGCGGCUUAGCAUGAUUUUCGUCUUACAGUGUUUGACCUCGUGUUGUUUGUCCAUGUAAAUCAGAUAACG